AUGGGCUCGGUAGUCCAGCAGACGCCAGUGCGGCCUGUACCAGGAAUAUGGCCUCAGACUCCAGCGCCGCGCCCUUCACUGACGACCGCCUCGUCCUUCCAGACACCUCCUCGGCAGUCGCUCGUGCCUUCUCAAUCCUCCACCAGCCUCGUCACCACGACUCCCGCAGGAACUGUGGCUCAGCCAUCAAUACGACCGCCAGAAGCCCUCGAACCCGCCGAACGAGCUGCACGCGCCAUCAAUGAGUCCUUGUCGCAGGAAUCGCGGUUCCCAGAGGUCGACAAUUACCUCACCCAAGGCUACUCCGCGGACUAUGAAGUCCAAUCCUCCACGACAUGGGCACCGUUCCAGAAGGCUGGCACAUACAGAAUCCCAGACGAGAUAUUUGAGCAAUACAACAAUGCGCAGCUGUCCACGAGCAUGGGUCUGUUCGCUGAAUUGAGGAUGGCAUGGACAACGAUUGACAAUGCCCUGUACAUCUGGGAUUACACUGUAUCGAAGCCGGAUCUCCUGGGUUUCGAAGGGCAGCCGCACAGUAUCCUCUCUGUCAAGCUGGCAAAGCCUCGUGCCGGCGUCUUCCUACCACACAUCACCAACAUCAUCGCCAUUGCAACAACUGCGGAUGUCUUCUUGUUGGGGCUGGGAAAGGAUCCGACUGGCGGCGCAUCUGCUGGUCUCUCUCUGUUCCAGACGGGCAUGUCGGUCUCGGUCAAAGGCCUUGACGUCAGCGUUAUCGCGGCCUCUGAAAAGACGGGAAGGAUAUUCUUUGGUGGACGGACGGACAAUGAUAUCUACGAGCUGACAUAUCAGCAAGAAGAUCGGUGGUUUGCAAGCAAAUGUUCCAAGAUCUGCCACACAAGUGGUGCCACCAAAUCCUUGACCUGGACGUUCAGCAGCUUCAGUGGCGGUCAGAAAGAAUCUGUGAAGCAAAUUGUGGUCGACGACAGCAGGGACCUGCUGUAUACACUCUCUUCCGCCUCCAAUAUCCGCGUCUUCCACAUCAAACCUGAAGGUGGUUUACCGCUACUGGUCACCAAACCUGCUGCUGAAAUCUACGACAACAUCGGCCACAUCAUCAACCAGAGUGAGACACUGAACAACCGAGCCACGAUCGUGUCGAUAUCACCCAUCCCAGCUUCUGAAGCUUCGAGGUAUCAUCUUGUGGCUACCACGGUGACCGGCUAUCGCAUCUAUCUAAGUGCCAAGAGCGCCACAAGUUACAGUUACGGCGCGCCCGCUCGAUCUGGUGCUCCGAUCAGUGUGCAAGCACAGCAUGUCAAGGUUCCACCCAUGUCGCAGAAUACUGGAGUCGGGGUUGGAGGGACGGUAAACGUCCAUCAACCCAUCAGGACAUUGACGUAUACUGGUCUUGCCGCGCGAUUUCCGCCUGGGUACUUCUUUUGCUUCGUGGCUAGUCGGCAGGAUUCGCCUUCUGAUAACUUGUUCAUCUCUGCUCCGGAUGCAGGCAGGCUGCUAAGAAGCUCUGAGCCUGGCCAACCAAGUCGGACCUCUGAGUCUGCCAUGUGGCUCGAGCUCCGUAGCCGGGCAGAAGAUGUAGGUCUGGUCACACCAUACUCUGCCCCGAUUUCGAACCCAGUUGGAUUUGGCAACGACCUAGCGGUGCAGUUCGACAAGCCGGUUCCAGAAAUUGCGAUAUUGACAAACACAGGCAUUCAUGUUAUCAGAAGAAGGCGCUUAGUCGAUGUCUUUGCGUCUUUGACUCGCAUAGGUGGUGGCCCAGAGGGGUUCCAGCACGAAAUCACCAACUUCAUCCGAACGUACGGGAGAACUGAGACCCUGGCGACAGCACUUGCGGUGGCUUGCGGCCAAGGAAUGGAAGACACGGGCAAUGCUCAAAUGCUCCGGAUUAAUGAUCCAGAAGUCCUUGAACUUGCUCGCAAGGCCUUCAUUGAGCACGGCGGAAAACCGAGCAUAAACCAGAACUCCAUCACUGACAGAUCCAUGCCUCUCAUUGACGCCGUACGUCCUUCGCCUCGUCAUGCAGCUAUCGCUCUGUACCUGUCACGCAUAUUAAGAUCGACGUGGAAGAACGCGAUCGCUUCAGAAGUGACUACCCCGGCAGGAUACUCUAUAGCGCCUGCGGUGCCCCUGGAAAAAUUGAGAGAUGUCCAGGAAGCACUGUCUGCUCUCCAGCGAUUCUUCCAGACAAACAAAAGCUUCAUCAAGGGCCUCAGCGGGCCCGAUGACCUCAACAGCACAAGCACGAAAGAUGACGAGAUCGCUUUGAAAGGCGAGCACCGUGCCUUGCAUGCCAUGGUCAAAUUCACAUCUGACACGAUCGAAGGCAUCUCAUUCGUUCUUGUCCUGUUUGAAGAGAGAGUGGCCGAGAUAGUGCCUUUGCUUCCUGAAGCUUCCAGGCCUGAAAUGCUGAAGUUGACUUUCGAGGAACUCUUCACCACAAAGAAGGGCUACGAACUUGCAAAAGAACUAGUAAAGGCUAUUGUCAAUCGAAAUAUAGCCAAGGGUUCGAAUGUCGAGACCGUGGCUGAAGCUCUCCGCAGAAAAUGUGGAAGCUUCUGCAGCUCGGACGAUGUUGUGAUUUUCAAGGCACAAGAGCAGCUGAGACGAGCUACAGAGGCCGAGAUGAAUUCAGAGGUACAACGAAACCUCCUCAACGAAAGCCUGAAGCUCUUCGAGCAAGUGGCACAUUCUCUACCUUAUGACUAUCUGGAAUCCGCUGCGAAACAAUACACCGCUCUGCAGUUCUAUGCUGGGGCAAUACAACUUGUGCUCCGGGUCGCACAUGAGAAAGACAAGGCCAAUGAAGCCCUGUCCUGGAUGGCUGAAGGUCGACCAGACGCAGACGCGCGGAAAGCCAAGUUCGACCUCAGAAGCCAAUGCUAUGAUCUUGUUCAUGCUGUGAUCGCGGCCGUCGAUCAGAAUGCGGAGCAGGGUCCUGGCUUCGUCGACGGCCAGCCCACAAUAUCCGCCACAAGGAGAAAUGAGGCAUACGAUGUGAUCAACCGUUCGAAGGAUGAGGCAUUCUUGACGAAUCUCUACGAUUGGUAUCUGCAGCAAAAGUGGUACGAUCGCCUUCUCGCAACAGAAUCUCCGUUCAUUGUCACAUAUCUCCAACGGAGGUCAUCGGAAGAUAUCCUCUAUGCGGAUCUGCUGUGGAAAUACUAUGGUCAGGCCAACCAAUUCUCCGAGGCGGCAAAAAUUCAACUGCAGCUGGCGAGAAGUUCGUUUCCGAUUUCUCUGGAGAAGCGGAUUGAAUACCUCAGCAGAGCGAGGGCGAAUGCGUCGACAUAUACGCCUGGGGGCAACCGCAAGAUGAAGCAACAACUGUUGCAAGAAAUCUCCGAGCUACUAGAGAUUGCAACCAUCCAAGACGAAAUCCUUCAACGCCUACAGGAUGAUGCUCGACUCGGAGACGACCGAAGACAAGAAGUCCUGGACCAGGUGAAUGGCCAGAUCCUGGACAUCACUACCUUGUACAACAACUAUGCCGAUAACGCCGGCUAUUAUGACCUUUGCCUCCUCAUCUACCAAACCGCCGAUCAUCGUGACCCAGCACAGAUCAAGCAAACAUGGCAACAGCUCCUUCAGUCGGUGCACGACAAGACCGAACAAGAUCAGACCUGCUUACCUUUUGAGGCCAUUGCCGAGGAAGUGAGAAGUCUAGGAAGCAAGUUGCGUGUGUCUGAAACGACCUUCCCCGUGCACACACUACUGCCGAUCCUAGAGAAAUACUCAUUCGAACAUCAACGCAAUGUCGCACCGCCGCACUGGGUUGUCGAUAUUUUCCUGUCGCUUGAAGUCCCCUGCGAACGGCUCUUCGAGGUUCUGGAGAUGAGGUUCUUCUCGGGCGAAGCGCCCUUUGUGGGCUCGAGUCGCAAAUACAUUGCCAGCGACCUCGCAUACGUGGUCGGCAAGUGGUUUCAUGAGUCGACGAGAGCAGGCACCGUACUCUUUGGUAGCGAGGCCUCAGCAAGCAGGGUGCAGGAGACAAUGGAAGCCAUGUUGCAGCAGGGACAUGCUGCAGGAUUGGAUGAGGAGACGACGAGGUUGGCCCGGGAGGUGGUUCAGAGGUUUGCACAGUUCCUCGGGUGA